AUGCUUUCCAGUAAUGUAUAUAUACCAGAUGAAUGUUGGGAAUGCAUCUUCAAAUUCCUCAUCAACCACGACGCCGACGACACCCACCGUCGCUACUGUCAUCUGAAGCCUCUUUCCAUCGUAUCCAAACAGUUCCUCUCCGUCACAAAUCGUCUUCGAUCGUCUCUCACUUUCUAUGAUCCAACAUGCCAACUCUUCCAUAGCCUCAGCCUCUUCCGUAGAUUCUCCAACAUCUCCUCCCUCAACCUAUCCUCCUACUACGACGGUGAUCUUGACGUUCUUCUCGUUCAAAUCUCUCGUUUUCCAUUGAAAAUCACAUCACUCAAUCUCUCAAACCAUCCCAAGAUUCCUUUAAAGGGACUGGGAAUUUUCUCCGAAAACAUUAUAACUUUGACAUCUCUCAUAUGUUCUAACAUUGGUACGUUCUAUGACACCGACGUGUUAUUCAUUGCCGAUUGCUUCCCUUUGCUCCAAGAACUUGACAUCAGUAACCCUACACAGUUCCAAUUUAAUGAAACCGCCUUCUCAUCUGCACAGGAUCUUUCAUUGGCACUGUCCAAACUCCGCAAAGUUAACCUGUCUCACAAUUACUAUAUCUCCGACGAAUUACUUUUCCACUUGUUCAAGAACUGUAAGCUUCUCGAAGAGAUUAGCAUCAAUAAUUGUCAGAGCAUAACCCUGUCCGGCAUUGCAGCUGCUCUCCUUGAGAGGCCAACAUUGAGGUCUUUAUCAUUUUGCAAUUACUUUGCAGCUCGCUUUUCCAAGCCUGUUACUUCACCUUUCAUUGACUCAUUGGUGAGAUUGAAGAGUUUGACUUGUCUUAAAUUGUUGUCUAUUAAUAUCUCCAAUGAUUUGCUCUCCUCUAUUGCAAUGGCGGGUCUUCCUUUGACAAGGCUUGAACUCCGAAAUUGUGUAGGCUAUAGUUAUACCGGAAUAUUUUCUUUGCUAUCCAAGUGUCCAUCUAUACAACAUUUGAAUUUGAAAAGGGCUUAUUGUUUGAAUGAUCAACAUGUUGUCGAGUUGUCUUUAUUUCUUGGUGAUUUGAUGUCUAUAAACCUUAAUCAUUGUAAGAGACUCACAGAAUCAGCCUUGUUUGCACUCGUUAGUAAAUGUCCUUCACUUAUUGAGAUCAAAAUGGAAUCCACAUCUAUUGGAAAAAGUGUAAGGAAUUCUAAUUUUCUGAUGGAUUGUAUUGUAAACUCUCAAUUAAAGUCUCUCUAUUUGGCUAAUUGUAAAGGUUUAAAAGAUGAAACUAUCAUAUGCCUUUCUUCCUUUUUCUCCAAUUUGCAGCUGCUUGGUUUGAAUUCUUGCCAAUCUAUAUCUGAUAAAGGUAUUGGUCAAGCUUUAAGGAGAUUUUGUAACAUUAGACAUUUGAACUUAGCCAACUGUUCAAGAGGGAAGCUACUUGUUGGAAUGAACUUUGAAUUUCCCAAAUUGGAGGUGUUGAAUUUGUCAUAUACACGUGUUCAUGAUAAAACACUCUAUGCAAUCUCAAAGGGUUGUCGAGGGCUUUUGCAAUUGCACCUUGUAAAUUGUUGUUAUGUCACGUGGAAAGGAGUGAAAUAUGUGCUUGAAAAUUGCACACAACUAAGAGAGAUCAAUUUGUGGAAUUGUAAUAAAGUGGAUGUUAAUGUUACCUCAAUGUUACAAUUAAGCCUGUCUUUAAGAAAGAUAAUUGCUCCACUCUCAUUUUAA